GCCAGGCCCCAGGAAGAGUCGCCUCGGAGUCCAACUUGAACGAGGCAACUUCGUUCUUGUUCUGGCUUUAAAACCCUUGUCGGGUUCCUUUCCAAGUCCUGUGGCGAAAGACUAGACUUGAGGCUCAAUUUCGCACGUCCAGGUCGACUAGAUCGCAGCGCGACACGGCACCCUCGACUUCAUGUCAUCGAUAAUUGAAAAGACGAACAAACCCCCUCAACGGAACGAGAAAGGGCAUGGACAUCAUGCCCCGGUCCACAAGGCCCUCGUUGACCUGGUCGAGUUGCUGCCAGCCAGCUCCGGCGCCUGGAUCAUGACCACAUACAUGAACCAGCUCUGCAAAGCAACUCGUCCACCCGAUGCGACCUGCCCAAAAGGGUCUCGCGUCGACUUUCUUGUCCGCCCGUCGCGAUGGAUGCUCCUCGCCGCCUGCAUCGUGUUUGGGUGCUCAGCAGCGUCGUUCCUCCAUCGACGCCAGCCCCACGACGCCCAUCAGCCGUACAUAUUUGCGGUCUGUGUUGCUGUCGGUGCGGUUGCAGGAGAGUGCACCGGAGCAAGUGCCGACUACAUCAUGCUAGUACAUGUCUCUUGGGGCGUGUGCGUGGCGAUGCUGGUGAGCGCAGUUAGCCUUCGUGUCCACGGAUACGGCAUCCAUGAGCGACAGUGACGAUGCGUUCGCGGCUCGAAUGGAACGGGCAUGUAGCUCCUAGUCGGAUUGCCCCGACAAAAGAAGCGCACAAGCUUCGCAAUACCGCCACUGUUGUUUCGGUUGUGGUUUCUCAUGUUUUUAUCCUGGUUUAUUUUGCGAAAUUGGAGAGGUUGGGC